UAUUCUGCCAAGCCACAAGGCGGCGCAUCUAACUAUGGACCUUCAGAUAUCUGAUUACUAGCAAGUUAGCUUAGGCAAAGGCUAUCUAAUUGUUUUGAAAACACACUCUGUAUUGUUUUCUAAAGUAUUAGCUAGGCCUGCUUUAUUAUAACUCGCCGUGUGCUUCACAUUAUAAACCCUACUCAUUCUCUCGUCAUCAUGGACGAGGAAUAUUACGAGAGGAAUAUUGGAGACUGGGAUGGUCCGGAUGGCAAUGACGACUAUGUUGAAGGGGAGAAUGAUGGGAAAGUUCAGGAGGACUGCCUACAGAAGUUCUCCAGCAGAGAUUACAUCAUGGAGCCUGCUGUAUUCAACACCCUUAAAACAUAUUUUCAGGCUGGUGGCUCCCCUGAACACGUCAUCCAGCUCCUGUCUGAGAACUACUCUGCUGUGGCCCAGACUGUGAACCUGCUGGCAGAGUGGCUCAUCCAGAUGGGUGUAGAGCCAGCUCAGGUGCAGGAACGGGUAGAGAAUCACUUGAAGAGUCUGCUGAUCAAGCACUUUGACCCACAGAAGGCUGACUCCAUCUUUACCGUGGAGGGAGAGACUCCUGCCUGGCUGGAACAGAUGAUCGCCCACACCACCUGGAGAGACCUUUUCUACAAGCUGGCCGAGGCCCACCCUGACUGUCUGAUGCUCAACUUCACUGUCAAGCUCAUCUCAGAUGCGGGCUACCAGGGGGAGAUCACCAGUGUGUCCACAGCGUGCCAGCAGCUGGAGGUGUUCUCCAGGGUCCUGAGAACCUCUCUGGCCACACUGCUGGAUGGAGGAGAGGACAACCUGGAGAAGAACCUGCCAGAAUUCGCUAAGAUGGUGUGUCAUGGGGAGCACACUUACCUGUUUGCCCAGGCCAUGAUGUCCAUCAUGUCUCAGGAGGAGCAGGGAGGGUCGGCCAUGCGCAGGAUCGGCCAGGAAGUACAGAAGUCUGCACAUCAGAGGGGGCAUGAUGCCAGUCAGAUCACCCUGGCAUUGGGCACAGCAGCAGCCUACCCUCGAGCCUGCCAGGCCCUGGGCGCAAUGCUGUCCAAAGGGGCACUCAACCCUGCCGACAUCACUGUGCUCUUCAAAAUGUUCAGCAGCAUGGACCCGCCUCCCGUAGAGCUGAUUCGAGUGCCUGCCUUCCUGGACCUGUUCAUGCAGUCACUGUUCAAGCCAGGCUCCAAGAUCAACCAGGACCAUAAACACAAAUACAUUCACAUCCUGGCCUACGCUGCCAGUGUGGUCGAGACAUGGAAAAAGAACAAACGAGUGAACAUCAACAAGGAUGAGCUCAAGUCCACCUCCAAGGCCAUUGAGACGGUCCAUAACCUGUGUUGCAAUGAGAAUAAAGGAGCCACAGAACUGGUGGCUGAGCUCAGCACUCUGUACCAGUGCAUCCGGUUCCCGGUUGUUGCCAUGGGGGUGCUGAAAUGGGUUGAUUGGACGGUCUCUGAGCCCCGCUACUUCCAGCUCCAGACAGACCACACCCCUGUCCAUCUAGCACUUCUGGAUGAGAUCAGCACCUGUCACCAGCUUCUGCACCCACAGGUCCUCCAGCUGCUGAUCAAGCUAUUUGAGACAGAACACUCCCAGCUUGACGUCAUGGAGCAGAUGGAGCUGAAGAAGACACUGUUGGAUCGUAUGGUCCACCUGCUGAGUCGGGGCUACGUGUUGCCUGUGGUCGGAUACAUCCGCAAGUGCCUGGAGAAGCUCAACACGGACAUCUCUCUCAUUCGCUACUUCGUAACAGAAGUGUUGGAUGUGAUUGCCCCGCCGUACACUUCAGACUUUGUCCAGCUGUUCCUGCCCAUCCUGGAGAACGACAGCAUUGCUGGAACCAUUCGGACAGAGGGAGAACAUGACCCUGUUGCGGAGUUCAUAGCUCACUGCAAAUCCAACUUCAUCAUGAUGAAUUGAGGAUGUAGCGGGAAGACCAGGACCUUUUGGUUAUGAGCCGAUCCCUGGAUGUGUUCUGCUGAACGAGGACUGGAACAUUGCCGAUUUUGAGGCAGACAGCUCACCGCUUGGGUGUAGACUUUCACCUGCAACUUUUUAUUUUCAAAUGUGUAAACACAUGACUUUCAGAAUUAGGAUGUAGUGUAUCAUUGCUUAUGUGGAGAACUCGUGCAGCUCCAUUCGUUUCACUGUAGUUUCCAUUAGUAUGAGCCAAAGUUGUCCAUUUUCUGUUUUGUGGUAAUAUGACUGACUGCUCAAAAGGUUUGGCCUUUUUCAUGGUUACCCUUUUCAAUUUGACAAGAAUCUUGACACGUUGGUUUUAUUAGUUACACACGUAGCAACAUCCACCAUUCAUUUUGUGGUAGUUCAGAAAAUGUAUCAGCUAUUAAAACACAUUUCAGUAACAGGCCUGGAUCUAAACAAAUUGAACUGUGGAAACUCAUGAAGACAAACAUAAAUUACCUUUAAGCCAAGUGCAGUGAGAUGUCAGUGCAUUUGUUUGAAUCCUGGCCUUGCUUUCAGAAUACUGAAAUCAUUCAGUUAAAUUUGCAUACAGCAAAAGACAAGUGGCAUCAGAAUUAAUCAAAGCUUCAACAUUUACAGCCACAAUUAGUUCUUCCUAGCCUUUUGAGCUUAAGCUAAUUGUGCACCUAAUAUCAGCAUUUGUACUUGUUCAGUAACAUUUUGUAUAAGAAAAAGAUCCAAAAGCACAUCAAGGCAACAUUUUUUUAAAUAACUUCCCCUUUCCUAAUUGUACCAUGUGGAAGUAGCCUGAGAUUGUCAUAGAAAACUGUAGAUAUACAAUGCUGCCUAUUCUGUAACAGCUUCUGGGGCCUCAUUUAUCAAUGCUGCCUACAUGCAAAAGUUGGCAUUCAUAAAAAACUGAAAAUGUG